AUGGUUUUCGAAGUUUGUCGUACUGCUUUUGAGUAUAAGGAUGACAGAGGUAACGUUUUUGAAGGUGUUUUAUGCAAACCGAAAAACCUCGUUGGAAAAACACCCGGUGUACUUGUCUACCAUACCUUCGCAGGUUGUACCGAUUUUGAAGCUUCCAGAGCUGCUAAAUUAGCAGAGUUGGGAUACAUAGCUCUGGCCGCUGAUGUGUAUGGUAAAGGAAUAAGAGGGAAAAGUUUCGAAGAGAACUUUAGUAUCAUGAAGCCAUUGAUAGCUGAAAGAGGAACAACGCUAAAGGAUAGAUUGUUCUGCUCACUUAAUGCUCUGAAAUCGGUUGAAAAUGUAUUGGAUGAUAAAAUUGCUGCCAUAGGGUACUGUUUUGGUGGACUAUGUGCGAUGGACUUAGGCAGACAUGGGUCUGGGAUUGUUGCAGCUGUCUCAUACCAUGGGACUUUAACUCCUUUAGGAGAUAAUGAACGCAACGCAGUAAUUACUACUUUCCAGGUUCACCAUGGUGCCGAGGACUCCCAUAUUACACAAAAAAGUAUUGUUGAUUUCCAACAAGAAAUGAGAGACCGUAAAGCUGAUUGGUCAUUCACAUCACACGGAAAUGCUUAUCAUGGCUUCACAGAACCUCAUAUUGAUUCCUUCAAUUUACCAACGCUGAAAUACAAUAAAGAAGCUGAUGUACGUUCUUGGGCGGCAACUGUGGCUCUUUUUUCCGAAAAGUUCUAA